AUGGAGAGCACAAACCCAUCUCAGCUUCGAUCCAUUAGUCUUCCAUCUAGAUCAAACCCAUCUUUUUCUCAAAUUGAAAUCAACCUCAACAAGCUCAAAACACUUGAACCCUUCUACUCAUCCACACGUAUUCAUACUGGUCUAGCAUGUCUAACUGACUUGUACACAUCGGUUAAUGAACUUCUUGGUUCCACCCAGACACAAAAGGUUAAUCUUCAAUCCAGAAACAAAGUCCUAAUCGAAGACGCGCUUGUUAGAUCGACUCGGUUGAUGGACUCAUAUGGCAGCCUCCUAGAAUUGCUUGGGCAAAUGAAGGGAAGUGCUCGGGUCCUUCAAUUCGCAUUGCGGAGAAAAGGCGUGGCCACUUAUUCAACCACCGAUGGUCACCUUAUGGAUUACUUUUUGUCGAGAAAGAAAGCGAAGAAGAACAUAGUCGCUUGUGUUCGGUCAUUGGAGCAAAUGGAAAGGGAAAUUGAAUCAUGUCUUGUCGAUGGUGAAGAUCAUCAUUUGUCUAUGGUAAUUCGAGUUUUGCGAGAAAUCGUGACUGCCACCAUCUCUUUGUUCCGCUAUGUAUUAGUAAUCUUGUCAGGUAAACCAAAACUUGAUCAUAAGUUGUAUACAUUCAUCACAAGGUUAAUGCAGACAGGCAAACCAAGUUGUCACAAAAGUCAAGAGAUUAUUAAUGACGCUGAUAUGAUAGAUCUUACACUUGAUUCUUUGUGGAAAGACAUAAAAACGAACGAGUGUAAGACGGUUGAUGUACAAAUGGUUAUGGAGAGAUUGCAUAAACUUGAUCGCGAAAUCGAGGGUCAUGAGGUUGGGUUAGAUUGCCUUUUCCGAAAACUACUUCAAACCCGAGUCUCACUUCUAAACAUUCUAGCAAACUAG